UUGACUACUCAGACGUUGGUUGAAGGAAGGCGUUGCUGAAGCGAAUUAGUGAGGAAAGGGAAAAUGGCGGACCUCGAAGACGUUACACUGGACGGGAGGCCGCUACAAUCUCUACGGGUGGCGGAUUUGAAAGCUGCUUUGGAGGAGCGGGGGCUUCCUAAAAGCGGACAGAAAAAUGCUCUCAUUAAGAGGCUCAAAGGGGCUCUCAUGCUGGAGAACCUCCAGAGAACCUCACACCAUCACAUAGGACUGCAGCCAAACUCCCAGAUUGGUGAAGAGAUGAGCCAGAAUAGCUUCAUUAAGCAGUAUCUGGCAAAACAGCAGGAGCUCUUGAGGCAGCGUCUUGAGAAAGAGGCCCGGGAAGCAGUCGAAGAUGAUGAUACAGACCAAGAGGACCACUCACAGGGCAAUAACAGCUCUGCCUGUGCUGCCCCAGACCAGGAUGAUGUACCCGUGUUGGUUGACCAGCACAAGCCACUUGGCCCCUCCGAGGGAGAGGGACUAGCAGGCCCCGCAAGCGAGGGAGAGGGACACAGGGCCAAAGACGGCCAUGUGUCUGGUCCACCUGCCUCUACCUCGCCUACCUCUGCCCCUGCUGCCGUUGCCUCUCUGUCUGUGUGUGUAGCUGAUGGUGAGCAGCGCCCGGAGAGAGUCCCAACCUCUAGCCAAGUCCCAGCAGAUAGCGAUGAUGACAGCGACGGAGGUGACGAGGAUGGCGAGGAUGAGGACUGGGAUAGCGGUGCCAGGAGGAGGAAUCUAGGAGAGCUACCAAGAGGCCAGCUAGCAAGAGAGAGGUCUGAAGGAUCCCGCCAACCCCCACAGCACAUCCCCCCCCUGUUGUCUCCGCAGCUUCGACAGCCUACCCCUCCUCCCUCCCCUCCCCCAGAGUUAUCAUUCCCACUGCCUGAUACCCCUAAACAAAGCCCCCCUAGUCCAGGUGAGCUCCCGGCUAGGCAGCGAACUUCCAGUACCUCCAGCUCUGGCUCCUCUAGCAGUGGCAGUCGUAGUAGCAGUCCAGAACCACAAAGCAACGCAGAGCGCAAGCCUGGCCCACUGACCCUGCUGGCACGCAAGAUGGCAUCAGAAGGCGCUUUCUCUGGAGUUGGGUGGCAUGGACGUGGGGAGGCAGAAAGGCAGGACAACAAUGCUGCAACUGCAACAAUAUUUCCUGGUAGAGGUCCUCAAGAGGGCACAGUGUCUGCCAUCACCCACACAGCCAAUGCUGCAGCCAGUUUGCCCUUCCCCAGUCUGAUUCCAGUUACCAACCAGGGUGUCCUUGGAGGCCAUCUAUCCCACAGUCAAGUUCCUGUGAGUGUGCUUAGGCCCACUAUAAUGGAAGAGAGAGAUUCUGCAUGGCAACAAGAAAACAAGGAAAGGGAGCUGCAGGCAGAGAGCGAAAGAGAAAAGGCCCUUGAGCAAGAGAGACUUAGAGCCGUGGAGCUGGAAAGACAGAGAAUAUUUGAGCAACAGCGUGCCAUGGAGCAAGAGAGGGAAAGAGCUUUGGAGCGAGAGAGGGAGAAAGCCUUGGAGGCAGAAAGGAAGGAGAGGGAAAGAGCUUUGGAGCGAGAGAGGGCGCAAGAUCUUGAACAAGAGCGGGAGGAAAGAGAGAAAGCUUUGGCAGAAGAGAGAGAAGUCUGUGGCAAGAGAGAGGGCCCUUGAGCUUGAGAAAGAGAAGGCUGUGGAGUUAGAAAGGCAGAGAGCCAUGGAACGAGAGCAAGCUUUGCAGCAAGAGAGAGAGGAGAGGGAAAGAGCUAAAGCUUUUGAGCGGGAGGAGAGGGAAAGGGCUCUUGAGCGGGAGCAAGUUCUUGAACAAAAAAGGGUGGAGACAGCGAGAGUGUUGGAGCAAGAAAGGGUGGAGAGGGAGAAAGCCUUGGAGCGAGAGAGACAGGAAAGAGAGAGAGCCUUGGAGCGAGAACAGUUGGAGAGGGAGAAAGCAUUGGAGAUGGAGCGUAUAGAGAGGGAAAAGGCUUUGGAGCAAGAGCGAGUUGAGAAGGAGAAAGCUUUGGAGCUAGUGAGGCAGAAAGCUUUGAAGCGGGAACAGGAGGAGAGGCAGAAAGCGCUGGAGCUAGAGA